AUCACAUUGUACUAAUAACAACUCUUAUUAUUUUGUUUCAUCAUAAGAAAGAUAAUCCUCCAAAAAUAAAUAUGCUGGGAGGAGCAAGUGGAUGUUUUGUUUUUCAUGUCUGUCAGUUAAUAGGCAGAUGGAGGAAUGAGCCUACUUAGAAUUACUCCUUCAACUCACAGUUGUGUUUCAUCUCGACUGUGGACACUCAGCAUCUUUCUACUGCUUAGCCUUCCUGAUGCUAAAGGAAAAGCCAUUUGGACAGCCCACCUGAACAUAACUUUUCAGGUGGGAAAUCGGAUCAUAUCAGAAUUAGGGGAGAGUGGAGUGUUCGGGAAUCAUUCUCCUCUGGAAAGAGUGUCUGGUGUGGUGGUGCUCCCUGAGAGAUGGAAUCAGAAUGCGUGUAAUCCCAUGACCAACUUCAGCCGACCCAAACAGGCAGACUCAUGGUUGGCCCUCAUUGAACGAGGAGGCUGUACUUUUACGCAUAAAAUCAAUGUGGCUGCAGAGAAAGGAGCAAAUGGCGUGAUCAUAUAUAACUACCCAGGUACGGGCAACAAAGUCUUUCCUAUGUCUCACCAGGGAACAGAAAACAUAGUGGCAGUGAUGAUAGGCAACUUGAAAGGCAUGGAACUUUUGCGCUUGAUUCAGAAAGGAAUCUACGUGACCAUCAUCAUUGAGGUGGGGCGGAUGCACAUGCCCUGGCUGAGUCAUUAUAUCAUGUCUCUGUUUACCUUCCUGGCCGCCACCAUCGCCUACCUUUUCUUGUACUGUGCCUGGAGACCGCGAAUGCGCGACUCCUCCACUAGGAGGCGAAGACAGAUCAAAGCAGAUGUGAAGAAAGCUAUUAGCCAGCUUCAACUGCGAGUGCUCAAAGAAGGAGACAAGGAACUGGAGCCAAACGAAGACAAUUGUGUCGUUUGCUUUGACAUGUACAAGCCCCAGGAUGUAGUGCGUAUACUAACAUGCAAACAUUUCUUCCACAAGGCGUGCAUUGACCCCUGGCUUUUAGCUCAUAGGACCUGCCCCAUGUGCAAGAGUGAUAUUUUGAAAACUUAAAAAUAAAUCCAGAGUAUCUUCUGAAGAUUCUGAAGUCUUUUCCAAGAUAAAAAUAAGAUGAAUUCUCUUCUAGCACGCUACGUAGAGAGAAAAUUCAACUUCAGCUUCUAUAUACAAGUACUAAAGAGGGUGAAAUUCGUGUUUUUAAAAUAAAACUUCAUACCAUGGCCAGCUAUUUGAACUUGUUUUUCUAUUAAGUU